GUCUUAUCUUAUCAAUUAGACUCAAUGCUUUAAUGUAUAUAUCGUUUAGAAGUAUUUAAACUAGUGCUAUAUACCAUAUUAUCCAUCAAUCCCAUAGAUCUCCACUCUUCUGACUUACCGAUGACGUGAAAGGCCGAAGACCUGCCGGUUUUUUUUCUCAAUAGUUCCAAUGCGAAAUUUCCCUAUGUUACUUUUCCCUUCUUUCAUUUUGCCGUCAUCCCACUAAGGUCUUUGAUAAAAUCAACCUCGGCCUUGUUUACUUUCAAUUCCACUUCUCUAGACAUAUAUCUCCAAUAACACACAUAAUGCCGCUAAACACAAGAUCCUUCAUAAGAGCCUCUAGGCUCGGUACUUCGCUCGCGCGACAAUCUCAAACCCCUCGCGUCUUCCACUCAAGCGGUGCAAAACUUCCCGGUGGCACCCCUGGUGAAGCUUCUGAGCAGGCUAUGCCCUUAGGUCUUUACUACGAAGCCGUCCUCAACAGACCGCAACCCAUCCCCGAGGUCAAACCCGAAAAUCCUCCCACCUCGUCGCCCAAGUCACCCCGUACCACGGUCAAGAAGGCCCCUGCCAAGAAGCCCGCUAAAGACAGCGCCGACGCGACCUCCGCCUCGUCCACAUCUUCAUCCUCGUCCGGGCCGGAGACAUCCGCGGAGCCGGCGACAGCACAAGAAAAGGCACGUAUAAUCUUUGGCUCGCGACUCGCAGGCCCGGCCGAGAGGGCCGAGCGACUCGAAGCAAUCCGGAACCGCAGUACGCUAAUAGCCGGCGUCUUAGUCCCCCCGCGGCCAGAAGAGCCCGACAACUGCUGCAUGAGCGGGUGCGUGAAUUGCGUCUGGGAUCGCUACCGGGACGAGAUGGAGGAAUGGGCCGCCGCGUCCACCGAGGCCGAGAAAGCUCUGGAGGCGCAACGGUCGCAAGGAGAACCAUCGCCCGACACAACUCCUAGCGCAAUACAAGAAGUGGCAGAGAAACCACAAGGCCCCACUGGUGCCAUAAGCAUGGAUGAUGAUGGUGGUGGCAGUGAUACCAAUUGGCAGUCAGACUUGAAGAUAGCCGAUCAGCCCAAGAUUGCCAAGGACCUCUGGGAUGACGACUUAUACAAGAACGUACCUGUGGGCAUUCGGGAGUUCAUGAAGCAAGAAAAGAGACUUAAGGAAAAACAUAACAGGGAAGGGACUUUCGGCGCUUAGAGAGGAAGACUACAUCAUAUAUACCCCUUGUGUCGAGCAAUAGACUUAUUCGUCAGAAAGAAAAGAAGAAAAAGGGCCGAUUCGCACUCCAGUUGAUUC